AUGGUCACUGCAGGCAUACUAACACCUGUACGAUAUUCGGAAUGGGCCACGCCACUGACACCAGUCAUGAAGGAAGAUGGAACAAUACGAAUGUGUGGUGACUAUCGAGUGACGGUAAACGGCGCGAUAGAUACAGAUACAUACCCAUUGCCAAAGUCGAAUGAAGCAUUUGUGAAAUUGAGUGGGGGCAGGAUAUUUAGCAAACUGGACUUAAAGCAAGCGUACACACAGCUUAAAGUAGAUGAUGCGACAGCUAUGCUGCUAACACUUAAUACUCCGAUUGGUCUAAUGAAGAUGAAUCGCUUACCGUUCGGCGUAAGCGCAGCGCCAGCUAUUUUUCAACGGCUUAUGUCAACUGCGCUUGCAGGUAUGGAGGGAGUAGCAUGCCUGUUAGACGAUGUAGCCGUAACUGGCACCACCGUCGAAGAACACAACCAGAGACUUAAGAAGGUCUUAUGUAAACUGGAAGAAAUGGGACUGCGUCUGAAUGUCAAAAAGUGUGUGUUUGCAGCGAAUAGCAUUACAUUCUUAGGCCACAUGUUAGAUGUGGACGGGCUCCACCCGUCACCUGCGAAGGUUAAAGAAAUUCAAGAGAAACCAGCUCCAACGAACAGAGAAACCCUGCGAGCUUUUCUGGGUUUAUACAAUUUCUAUGAGAAAUUUUUGCCUGGUAAGAGCACCAUAUUAGAGCCAUUGUAUAGACUUUUAGAAUCUAAAAGGACAUGGAGCUGGGGUGAUGGAGAACAUAAAGCCUUUUUGGAAGCUAAACGCUUACUGUCUUCGGAUCUCACGCUGGUGGGAUAUGAUUUGCAGAAAGAACUAAUUCUCAUAUGUGAUUCCUCGGAGUAUGGACUAGGAGCAAUUAUUGCGCAUGUUAUGCAGGAUGGAUCAGAAAGACCGGUGAUGAUGGCCUCAAGAACAUUACAAGCCCAUGAGAGGCGGUACGGUCAGAUCGAUAAAGAGGCUUUGGCAAUUAUAUUUGGAUUGACUAAAUUCCAUGAGUUCUUAUCAGGUCGUAAAUUCAUUAUAGUGACGGAUCAUAAGCCAUUAGUUGGUCUAUUCAAUCCAGAAAAACCUAUACCGGAGCAAAUUUCACCUAGAAUGCUACGCUGGUCACUAAAACUAGCAUGUUAUGAUUACAAAAUAAAGUACAGACCAGGUAAAUUAAUUGGAAAUGCGGAUGCUUUAAGCAGAUGGACUGCUCCGAAUACAUCAUGCAUAAAGACAGAAGAGACCAGAGAUAUGUUGUUGAUGGAAGAACAAUUGAGCGAGUGGCAACUGGAUGCUUGUAAAAUUGCUGAGGAGACCAAAAAAGAUGUGGUUCUACAAAAAGUAAUGUUCUAUGUGUUGCAUGGUUGGCCGCGCAAAAACACAGAUUUGAGGUUACAAGCGUAUUGGACAAGGAGAGAAGCUCUUUCGCAUAAUAAAGAUUGUUUAUUAUGGUGUAAUAGAGUAAUAAUACCGACAUCCUUACAGGAGAAGGUGUUAAAGUUGUUGCAUGCACCACACGCAGGCAUGGUUCAAACCAAAGCAUAUGCAAGAGGGUACGUGUGGUGGGAGGAUAUGGAUCGUCAGAUUGAGAACGUUGUAGCCUCAUGUCAACAAUGUCAACUGGUACGAAAUAAGCCACCAAAAGACCCACAAUCUUGGAUUGUCUCGGAAAAGCCUUGGAGUCGAGUACAUGUUGAUUUCGCAGGACCCUUCCAGGGGAAAACAUUUUUAGUCCUAGUAGAUAGCUACAGUAAAUGGUUUGAAGCUGAAAUAGUGCCUUCAAUGAAUAGUGUUCCUAAUAGUUCCACCAACAAAACACCAGCCGAAAUACUCAAUGGGCGGAGAUAUAGAACUGCAGUUUCAGCCCUACAUCCCGACUCGAUUAUGAGUCGUAGUGAGCAUCAGCGUGAAGCGGCAGCACUCCAUCCACCUGCCCGGAACUUUACAGUGAACCAACCAGUACUGAUACAUAUGUAUGGCCCAGGAGACAAAUGGCACAGAGCCACUGUGGAGAUAGUGGAAGGACCUGCAACUUACAGGGUGAGAACGGAAGAUGGAGAGUUGCAUCGCCGUCAUACAGACCAAAUUCUAGCAAGACCAGCAAGCGCAACUACAAGAGCACUUUCCGAGUUAGACAGUCACCUCAUGAAGGAGUCUGACUCUAAGCUAUCACAGGAUCCAUCCAUAGUCAUUCCACCUCCUGAAUUAUGGCCAGAAAUUAUAGGGAUACCCAAUGAGUGUUAA